UAUUUUAAAUAGUUACAAGUGCAACACUUUUCAUGUUGUUUACGUCAAAUGAAAGGCGUCUUUCUUGCCUAGAUGUAUGUGCAUCUGUGUUAUCUGUGAAAUCAAAUUGAAAUGGACAAUGAUAUGCUUUUCAACAGCUCUAAUUCUGCUUCAGUCAAGAGACAAAGACUAUAUCAUUUUUUGCUACAAGUUAACUGGAGAUCGUGUGUGUCUGGUAUAAUUGUUGGCAGUUCGUUAUCUGUACUGCUAAGUUUAUCUUUAUUUUUGAUCAUUGCACCAUACUUGAACGACAAACCAGAAGCGGAAAGUCCAUUAGCUGAUUCAUUAAAAUAUGGUGAUGGCAUAAAUACAAGAUUUAGUGCCUGGCAAUGGGGAUCGUGUUCUAAGACAUGUGGUAUUGGUGUACAGGAAGGGAUCAGAACCAGUAUAUGUCCACAGAAUGUUCAAUGUGUAGAUAAUGAAACGGAGAUUUUACGAAGACAUUGUUUUAAUGAACACUGUUCCGUUGAUGGUAAAUGGAGUGUUUGGAUGCAGGAACCAUGUAGUGUCACGUGUGGUGUUGGUACCCGUCUACGUCAUCGACAAUGUUCUAAUCCACAUCCUCAAUAUGGCGGACAAAACUGCGCAGGAAAAAGUAUUGAUCACAUAAAUUGCACACAAUCCAGCUGUUGUCCAGGAUUGACAGAUGAUACCCUUAUGAACUGCGCCGGAGGUUGGAUUCGACGUGACGACAUUGGUGCAUGCUUUUGUUUUAGUAAACAACGUUUGUCAUGGAAUAGUGCACAGCAAAAUGCAACAGAGAGAUGUAGUUGUCAAUGGAACUGUGCCAGCCACACUUGACGUUAAUAACAAUAUAUCAAAUUCAACACAGACUGAUGAUUUCAUAGAUAUAAUAACUGUUAAAAACAUCCCUAUUUUCAUUGGUAUCUUCUGUGGGUGUGUGUUCUUGGUGACUAUCUGUGCUUUCCUGUGGUCUUACUUACGAACAAAUCCAUCAGACAGAUUUGAUUUACCCUUAACCAUGUCAGUUUCAAACAAUAUUUCUACAUCACAACAAACCAGUCACAAAGACGGACAUCAUGGAAGAGAAAGUGCGGUUAACUUUUUAAAUGAAUUAAUUGACAAAAUGUAUGAAAAGGAA